GUUGCCCCCGCUGUAUUUAUAAUUGAAAACCAUUCGACAAAAUGAACCUGGGACGACUUCUGAGACCUCUCCAGGUUGGCACAACGCUGGCCCGCAGCUAUGGAAAGCACAACAAGAAGUAUCUUUACAAGGAUGGCAAGAAAUACGAGGGUAUUAUAUACUACCCCAGAACUUCUGACCAUCAGGAUCCGCCUAUAGAGCCCGCUAAACUGUUUCGCGUGCAGCGCAUCAAGCCGAUGAAGGGGAAUCCUUUCUGGGAGAAGCGCAUCCUCAAAGACCUGGGCUUGGAUGGCAAACAAAGCGACUACACGGUAGUCAAGAACAUACCCGAGAACAAUGCCCGUCUGUGGAAGAUCAAGCAUUUAAUUAAGGUGACACCGGUCACGUUUCCAUAUGGGGAGCCCACGGCGCAGGAUGUCAAGUACACGAUACUCAAGGAUAAUGGUGAGUGCCUGGUCACCAAGGACAUUGGCCAAGUGGAAGUGCGCACGGAGGCUCGCGAGGCAUUUGACCAACAACCGAAGCGCCUUGACACGGACCUGCUGAGGAAGGAUUCUCGACUGAAGUGGCUCAAUCCUUGGUGAAAGAGAAUACGCCUGUCUGUGGCGUCUUUAUUACUUUAGCAAAAAUAAAAAUAUCAAAUGGACGUGAAUGUA